AUGGGCGGCGCCGCAGUAGUCGAGCCGGCUCGGCGGGUCCCACUGCUGGGAAACAGACAUAAGCGCAAGGCGCGCGCUGCAGCAGCGGGUGAUUUUCGACCGAAUCCAGACAAAUCAGUAGACGAGGACGAGGAGAGGGAGGUUGUGAUUUUACCAGCGUCGUUCAGCCGCGAUCUCGCUCAUCCUCCUCUUCUACCCACACCAGAAGUCGUGGUUUCGAUUCCCUUCGACUCCACUGUAGCCCCAGGAAACGUCGGUAUGGCGGAAGGCGCGGGCGGAAGCGCUGGUGGGUCUAGGCUGAUGUACGGAGUAGUAGGGGGGGAGAUGGUGUCGGCGGAAGAGGGUGCGGGCGGGGGGAGCGCGCAGUGGGGCGCGGGGGGAGGAGACGAUGCGGAGGGGGGCGAAGGGGGAGAGCAUGAGAGCACGGCGGCGAAGAAGCUGCAGAAGGCUGAUAGAGAGAAGAUGCGGCGGGAUCGACUCAACGACCAAUUCAUGGAACUCGCGAGUGUACUCGAUCCUGACCGUCCGAAGAAUGAUAAGGCAACGAUUCUGACCGACGGGCUGACGAUGCUUCGCGAGCUGCGUGCGAACGUGAACCGACUGCGCGCCGAGCACAGCGCGCUCGUGGACGAGUCGAAAGAGCUGGCGGCGGAGAAGUCGGAGCUGCGGCAGGAGAAGGGCGCGCUGAAGGGCGAGGUGGACGCGCUCAAGGGGCGGCUGCACCACCGCAUGUCCGCGCUCCUGCCCUGGGCCACUGCGCCCCCUUCCGCCACUGCGCCCCCCGCUACCCCCGCCGCCCCUGCUUCCACCGCUUCCCCUGCGCCGCCUCCAGCCGCCCGUGUUCCUGCUGCUGCUCCUCCGAUUCCUGCUGGCGCGGCUGCUGGUGCUGCUAGUGGGGGUGGGUUGCAGACGCCAACGCAGGCGCCAGUACACGGACACGUUCAGGCGUCAAGACACCUGUCGGGCUACGCUCCUGCCGCCCAGCCCUCCCGCCCUCCUUUUGCUGCCCCCGCGCCCGCUUCCGCUCCCCCCGCCGCUCCUGCAGCAUCCCCUCCCCCCGCCGUUGCCGAUUCUGCUUCCGCGCCUUCCAUGCAAUUUCACCCGCAGUUUCGCCCUCAGAUGCUGACGUCACCGCUGCACAUGCAGCAAGGGGUGCAAGCUAUGAGCCAGCCUGGCAUGCUGACGUCAGCCAUGAGCCAGCCUGGAAUGGCGCAGAUGUGUAUGAGAGGCGCGGACAGCGCAGUGGGCAUGGGGGGAGCGGGGGGCAUGGGGGGAAUGGGGGGAAGCGGGUCGGAGCAGGCUAUGAGCCCCCCCGUGUCCGUGCUCUCCUCCUCCGCGCCCACUCCGCGCGCCUCCUCCGCAGCCGCGUCGUCGGCAGCAGCGGGGGGGAAGAGCCGCGUUGGGGGAGAGCCGCGGGAGAGCAGCGAUGGCGCCGGGCAGACAGGCAGGCAGCAGCAGCAGCAGGGAGGGCAGCAGGGGGGGCAGAAGGCCGGGCAGGAUGGGGAUGCUGCGGCGGGUGGCAGCUCCCUGGUGAGCAUGAGCCGUGGAGGGGGUGAGGCUGCUGUCGUGGUGGUGAAGCACGAGGAGGGUGAUGCCAACGCUGCUGACAGCAGGGCCUCACAGCCGCAGCAACAGCAACAACAACAGUCACAGCAGCUGCCACCGCAGCAACAACCACAGCAGCAGCAGCAGCAACAGCAACAACAACAGCAACAGCAACAGCAACAGCAGCAGCAGCCACAUCAACAGCAGCAGCAACAGCAGCAGCAGCAGGUGCAGCAGCAAGCAGCGUCACAGGAGGCACUAACCCGACCGCCAACAGCACAGCCCUUACAGCCGCCAGCCACUCUCCCUACCCCACCCCACCCCCUGCCUCCACACUCCUUCCCCCCCCAAGCCUGGCCGCCUGGAGCCUUCCCCAUGCCUGUUCCCAUGCCCUUCCAGGCCUCCAUGCCAGGCUCGGUGCCCCCCGCACCUGCAGGCAUGCAGGGUUGGAUCGCUGUGCCUGCUGGCGCCUUUCCAUACGCCUUUCCUCCUACUGCCCCGCCCUCAUUCCCGCCUGGGAGUGACGGCAAAAGCACCGGAAGCUCUGUGCAGCAGCCGCCGCAGCAGCAAAUGAUGAUGGCAGCUUUUCUGCCAGGUCAGCUUCCAUUCCAGGUCAGCGCCAGCUCAACGGGUCAGGGUCAAGGGGAGCAACAGGGCAAGGGGCAGGCGGGGCAGGAAGGGCAGGGCGGGGCACAGCAAGUAGCGCAGGGACAGCAGGCAGCACAGGUGCAGCAAGCGGGGCAGGUGCAGCAGAUGAUGCAGAUGCAGCAAUACAUGGCGCAGGCGCAUGCACAGGCGCAGCAAGCAGCGCAGGCCCAGCAGAUGGGUCAGGCAGGUCAAAUGAACCAAGUGCCCCAGAUGGCUCACAUGCAGCCAUUCAUGGGCGCCCCUGGGAUGGCCAUGGCGCUCCCCCCGCCCCCCCCUGGGCAGAUGUAUGUCACUGCCCCCUUCCUUGUCCCCGCCCCCACCCCCCCGCAACAGCAGCAGCAGCAACAGGGGCAGCAGCAGCAACAGGUGCAACAGGUGCAGCAGCAGCAACAGCAACAGGUGCAGGUGCAGCAGCAGCAGCAGGGGCAGCAGGGGCAGCAGCAGCAGCAGCAGCAGCAGCAGGCCAUCCCCCCAGCAUCCUCAUCAGGUACGGUGGUGAGUGGUAACAGGCAGGGCAGCAGUGCAGGGGGCGGAGGAGGGGCAGCAGAGAGAGGGAGUGGGGGAGGGGGAGGGGGGAGCGCAGCAGUGGGGGAGAGUGCAGGAGGGGCAGGGGGGACAGGAGGGGCGGCGGGGAGUGCAGCAGGGGCUGCCAGUAUGCCUCACUGGCUGUGGGCUGCCAGCCACAGACCAGCUUAA